CGGGAAAACUUGUGUCCUUUAUACUAAUACUUACAUUUGUACGUUAUAUAUAUAUAUUUGAACCAAUAACCGGUGUUUAAAUUUAGUUUAUUUGCAGCAGUAAAUCGUUUAAAUACAGUUAACAUCACCGUUUACUUGCUAACUAGCAUUCUGCUCGUAAGGCUCGAUCCCAAAUCGCUCCUUAAUCACUAUAUUGGAACACUUGGUACAUCCCACUAGAAUCGCGAAGUGUACACUACAACUAGUAGACUAGAUAUCCGAUCAGGACACGUAUUAGGUUCCUCUACUCAGAAGAGAAAGCGGUUGUUAUUUCAAGAAUAUGGCUUCAUGUUUGCCUGCUGUCGCUGAACAGCUACUGAAAGACCUUCAGAAGACAUAUUCAGAGAAGUCCGAGAUCCCUGAUGAGCUCCUAAUAGCGCUGAGGUUUAUAUUUGGCUCCUGCACGCUGCAGGCGUUAGACCUGGUGGAUCGGCGAGCUGUAACGCGCUUGUCCUCGCCCAGUGGCCGAGUUGUGUUCCAGGUAGAGGGAGGAUCAGGACGCAUGUACACUUGCUACACGUCGUGUCAUUAUUGCCCCUGUCCAGCCUUCUCGUUCUCUGUGCUUAGGAGAAAUGAAAGUCUGCUGUGUAAGCACAUCUUGGCAGCCUGCUUGUGCCAGGCCAUGGGCUUGUGCCAGCAGGAGCAGGUCUCAGAUCAGCACAUGACCCUCAUCCUCUCCGGAAAAGCUGAGAACCAUCCAUAAAAGCAGGAUUCCUCAUUCAGCGAGCCAGCGUGCAACCAGGGUGCAUGAAUAGAGCAGGUGGGGUGAGGACUAGAGCCACAAUUUGCAUGAAGAGAACGAAGGAAGCACCAUGGCUGGAAUUUACAUAUUUUACAUAUCACCCUUUUUUUUUAGCAGUAGACUUUUCUCCUGAACUCAGAGCUGUACAUAUCCUGGCUCUAACGGCUUGUGUUUGGUUUUCUGCUUCCUAAAAUUCCUAACAUUUCAGCACCGUUUGUAAAAUACUACAUUACACUAAUAUGCUAGGAGUUUGUCUUAAUGGCAAUUCUGAUUAUAUAUAGAUAUAGAUAUUUGUUGUAAAAUAUCAAACCAAAUAUUUUUAUUUAUUUCUUUUUUUAAAUCCGUAUCCCAAAUUUUUAUUUUGGAAUAAAAACUUUGUUGUUUUUGCUGCUCUAUGUAAUGUUGUCCUGAGACUUUUGUACCUCAGAGCCAGACAGGAAGUGAGUAAAAUUAUUUAAUCAGUGGCCAAAGAAUCUGUUCACUGAGAGCGUUUACAGAAAAGUCGUCUCUUCUUUCAGUUCUCGGCGUCAAAUUUUGCUAUUUUAAGCCUUUGAUUUUGUGCUUUCUGCCUUUUUUCUUUUUCCUCAGGAACUUUUACUCAGUCGGUUUGUAUGCGUGUAGGAUCUGGAGAUUUUAAGAGACGUUAAUUAGCAGCAGUUCCUGGAUUCUUUAACAAACACAUUUUAGUUUGAUGUUUUUACUUCAUUUACAGUCCCCUUCUUUGAAAUCUUUGUCCGCAGGAAUGCGAGUGUUUGUUUGAGCAAAUCCCACCAGGACACACAGACCUUUGCACAUUUUUAGCUGCGGUUACGCAAGUCCCCGGCGCCGCUGU